GUAAAAAUCACAUCUACAAACCAACCCUUCAACUUGAACGUGUGGCUUCCUUUCCCCCUCUCUCUCUCUCUCUCCCCUUCUCUCUCACAUCCAAUCGUAAACCAGAGGCUCUCUCUCAACUUUACACCCAACCUCUCAAAAACAGAGGAAACACUUUCUCACUAUUGUGUAACUGAAAAGCUAGCUAAUCCUCUGUUCUGUUCUUCUUCAAUGGCUACUUCAAUUUCUGCAACUGGGUUCAAAACAGGUCUUCUUCCUUCUUCUUUCCAUGGAAGCUGGGGGACUUCCUCCUUUGUUGGUGAAGAUUACACAGCCCUUGCAAAGUCAGUACCCAGAUGGGUUCGUGUGGCUAAGCCAGUAAGGUCACAACCAGUUAUGAAGAACGUUAAUGAAGGAAAAGGUGUGUUUGCUCCAGUUGUUGUUUAUACCCGCAAUCUCAUUGGGAAGAAGCCAUUCAAUCAGAUUAGAGGAAAAGCCAUUGCCUUACACUCACAGGUAAUCACUGAAUUCUGUAAAUCGAUAGGGGCAGAUGCAAAACAAAGACAAGGAUUGAUUCGAUUGGCAAAGAAGAAUGGAGAAAGGCUUGGAUUCCUUGCUUAAUUGAUGAAAAAUAUUGUAUUUCCAUUAUGGUUCUUUAAACAUUCCAAUAAGUUCAGAUGCAUAUACAGUUCUAAUUUUAUUUUUUCCCCCUGAGAUCAGAUUGUAAACUAGAACAGAGAGGAGUAUAGACUGUCCUCCAUCACAUGUGAUCUUUGUUUUCCUCAUUUGCUUGUCAUUUGUUCUUCCAUUAAGAUAAAAAAAAAAUUGUUCUGUUA